UCUUGUAUUUGUUGUACCUUUCGCAUGCCUAGUUUUUGAAAUCUUAUCUGACUCUUUCUCUUCUUGACUGCUGAAACACGGGAAUUUCUCAACGGUGGGAUCAAUAAAGGUCUAUUUUAUCUUAUUCAAAGAAACUAAAAUGGCGCCGUUGCUUGGAGACAACAAACAAACCCACCGGGGCAACAGCGGCUGUCUCCCGGUGUCUUAGUCCGUAAACCAGCGGACGUCGGUGUCUUAGCCCGUAAACCAGCCGCUGUCUCCUGGUGUCUUAAUCCGUAAACCAGCCGCUGUCUCCUGGUGUCUUAAUCCGUAAACCAGCCGCUGUCUCCCGGUGUCUUAGCCCGUAAACCAGCCGCUGUCUCCUGGUGUCUUAAUCCGUAAACCAGCGGCCGUCGGUGUCUUACCCAGCCGCUGUCUCCCGGUGUCUUAGUCCGUAAACCAGCGGCCGUCUCCCGGUGUCUGAGUCCCGACUGACCGGAUGGAGAUCGUCCAUGUGUACACGAAGCUCCGAGGUGAGUUCGGCCGACAGUGUCUCUUCUCAGACCGGCCUGCGGAGCUGCUGGUGGACGUCCCUCCGGACCCGAGUCUGACUCCGCUGUUCAUCCAGAAGAACCCCCGAGACCAGGCGCUGCAGGCCGGCCAGGACAUGUCGGAGCACACGGUGAACACAGAGCGCUUUGAGUAUGACAGCUGUGGGAUCAACCAUGUGGAGGGGGGGUGGCCCAAAGACGUGAACCCUCAGGAGAUGGAACAGACCAUCCGCUUCAGGAAGAAGGUGGAGAAGGACGAGAGCUACGUCAACAGCGUCCUGCAGCUGGGCAGCGUCAUGGAGCACUGCAUCAGACAGAACAACGCCGUGGACAUCUACCAGGAGUACUUUGAGGACGAGGACGAGUUGGAGGACAACCAGGAGCCACCAUCCGCCAAGACCAUCAGCGUCUUCAGAGAUCCUAAUGAGGUGAAGCGGACUGUCACUGGCCUGUCGUGGCACCCUGACGGCGGCAGGAAGUUGGCGGCAGCCUACUCCUGCCUCGAGUUCCAGAAAACGUCCAAAGACCUGAGCCUGGACUCAUACAUCUGGGACAUCGAGAACCCGAACAGACCCGAGAUGUCUCUGAAGCCAGUGUCCCCGCUUGUCUGUCUCGACUACAACCCCAAAGACUCCCACACACUGGUGGGAGGCAGCUACAAUGGACAGAUCGCGUACUGGGACACCCGGAGAGGAAGUCAGCCAGUGGAGACAUCCUCUGUGGAGAUGAGUCACCGAGACCCUGUCUACAAGAUCAUCUGGCUGCAGUCCAAAACCGGGACGGACGCCUUUUCUACCUCCACCGACGGACAGGUUCUGUGGUGGGACGUCCGCCGGCUGACUGAACCCACAGAGCGUCUGGUUGUGGACCUGAGCAGGGACGGGAACCUGGACCGAGCUCUUGGAGCCGUGUCUCUGGAGUUUGAGUCCACCAUGCCCACUAAGUUCAUGGUGGGGACAGAGCAGGGCGUGGUGGUAUCCUGUAACAGGAAGGCGAAGACGCCGGCAGAGAAGAUCGUCUCCACAUACGAUGGACAUCAUGGACCCGUCUACGCUCUGCAGAGGAACCCAUUCUUCCCCAAGAACUUCCUGACGGUGGGGGACUGGACAGCCCGCAUCUGGUCUGAGGACAUCAAGGAGUCAUCCAUCAUGUGGACCAAGUACCAGAUGUCCUACCUGAUGGACGCCUGCUGGAGUCCCGUCAGACCAUCCGUCUUCUUCACCGUCAAGAUGGAUGGCGUGUUGGAUGUCUGGGACAUCCUGUUCAAACAGAAUGACCCCACGCUGAGUCUCAAGGUGUGUGACGAGGCCCUGUACAGUCUCCGUCUCCAGGACAAUGGGCGGUUAGUGGCAUGUGGCUCUCAGCAGGGAGGAGCCACGCUGUUGGAGGUGUGCGGUGGACUGUCCACACUGCAGAGGAAUGAGAAGAGUCUCCUGGCCGCCGUGAGACAUUUGUUUGUUAGUUUGUUUGUUUGUUUGUUUGUGUGUUUGUCGGACGCACUUACGGACAUGUCCACAGAUGUUCGAGCGCGAGACGAAGCGGGAGAAGAUCCUGGAGGCGCGUCAGAGGGAGAUCCGCUUGAAGGAACGCAGCCGGUCGGAGCAGAGCCGAGAGGACGACGGGGGGCGGGAGGACGGAGACGACAGUCCAGAUCAGCUGAUCGCCAGAGCCGAGGACGAGUUCUAUGCCAUCACGGAGGCAGAGCUGAGGAGGAGGAGGGACAGGGAGGAGCUAAAGAACCGGGAGAAAGACGUCUGUGAAGAAAAGGAAGUGACAGAAGAACGUGGUGGAACGUCACCGUGAAGGAGAAGAACGUUUGUUCUGAUGACAUCUUCGCUGUCACUGUGUCACUGUCAAUAUGUUAGUUUAAUGUGUUACCGUGUUAACAUUAGCUCAGGAUUCAUGGUCAUGUUAGUUCAAUCAAUCAAUCAAUCAAUUUUAUUUAUAAAGCCCAAUAUCACAAAUCACAAUUUGCCUCACAGGGCUUUACAGCAUACGACAUCCCUCUGUCCUUAUGACCCUCACAGCUGAUCAGGAAAAACUCCCCAAAAAACCCUUUAACAGGGA